GGGGUCAAACUUCACUCCCGAGAAGGGAUUAGCGUCAUAUGCAACCUCUCAACGCGCCUCCCUAAAAACGCGAAAUGGGGACGCGUUUCAAUUAACGCGAAAUUCCAAGUCGAUUUGGGUUGAACCAAAUUACCUAAAUAAAUCUUUCAACCCCUCGAUCGAUAGUCACGAUAAUCAACUCCAGCCCACCCACUGCGACUUAUAUAUGUAUACUGAUUAAAAGAUCAAGUCUUACAUAUUCGGUUCGCAAGAUGGAUCGCCAAUCGGUAUACUCGGUUUCUGUUUUCCAGUCCAAUUCGGGACCCAACGAAGAUACCAGAUUGCAAAUACAAGAGCAGUUGGUUACGUUCAUCCUACAGUUCAGACACGACAACCAAUUCGUCUAUCGAGAUCAGUUAAGAGAGAACGCUUUAUUGAAGAAGUAUUACUGCGAUGUUAAUAUAACCGACUUAAUUAAGUAUAAUGAGGAAUUGGCGCAUCGUUUAGUAACAGAACCGGCAGAGCUCAUUCCUCUGUUCGAAGGGGCUCUUAAGAAAUGUACACACCGAAUUGUAUUUCCUCACGACCCCAAGGCCGUAAUUCCCGAACAUCAACUACUUCUUCACUCCUCAGCCGACGAUGUUUCCAUCCGCAAUCUAGACUCGGAGACCAUUGCAAGACUGGUUAGGGUGCCAGGUAUUGUAAUUGGGGCCUCCGUCAUGUCUUCCAAAGCUACCGAACUGCAUGUUCAAUGCCGAAAUUGUCUACACACGCAGAUUAUCCCUGUCUUGGGAGGGUUCACCGGUGUUACGCUUCCUCGAACAUGCGGUCGCCAGAGACCUCCAAACGACCCUUCUGAAAAGUGUCCUCUCGAUCCCUACUUUAUCACCCAUGAGAAGUCCAAGUUUGUAGAUCAGCAAAUUAUCAAACUUCAAGAAGCCCCUGAUCAAGUACCGGUGGGAGAACUUCCACGUCACGUUCUCAUCUCCGCAGACCGAUACCUCACCAACAGGGUCGUGCCAGGGUCAAGAUGUACAGUAAUGGGCAUAUUCUCCAUCUAUCAGAACAAGGGUUCCAAGAACUCGUCCACAGGUGGUGCCGUAGCUAUCAGAACACCUUACCUAAGAGCAGUCGGUCUCCAAACGGAUGUGGAUGCUACGGCCAAGGGUCACUCGAUUUUCUCGGAGGAAGAAGAGCAAGAAUUCAUGGAGCUUAGCCGAAGGCCAGAUCUUUAUAACAUCAUGGCAGACUGUAUUGCCCCAUCGAUUUACGGAAACCGAGAUAUAAAGAAGGCUAUCCUGUGCCUGUUACUUGGAGGCUCCAAGAAGAUCUUGCCUGAUGGUAUGAAGCUGAGAGGCGACAUCAACGUCCUCCUUCUGGGUGACCCAGGUACAGCGAAGUCGCAGCUGUUGAAGUUCGUCGAGAAAGCUGCUCCUAUCUCCAUUUACACAUCCGGUAAGGGAUCUUCCGCAGCUGGUUUAACGGCCUCUGUUCAAAGAGACCACUCGACGCGGGAGUUUUACCUGGAAGGUGGUGCUAUGGUAUUAGCGGACGGUGGUGUGGUAUGUAUCGAUGAAUUCGACAAGAUGCGAGAUGAGGACCGUGUCGCGAUCCACGAAGCCAUGGAGCAGCAAACCAUCUCGAUUGCUAAAGCCGGUAUAACAACUAUCCUGAACGCUCGAACCUCGGUUCUCGCAGCUGCCAACCCCAUAUUUGGCCGAUACGACGAUAUGAAGACUCCGGGAGAGAACAUCGAUUUCCAGACUACUAUCCUGUCGCGUUUCGACAUGAUCUUCAUCGUCAAGGAUGAGCACACCCGAGAAAAGGACGAGCGAAUCGCCAAGCACGUUAUGGGUAUUCAUAUGGGUGGCCGUGGUCUCGAGGAGCAAGUCGAAGGAGAAGUCCCCGUGGAGAAGAUGAGACGAUAUAUCAGCUACUGCAAAUCCCGCUGUGCACCCCGUCUCUCUCCCGAGGCCGCCGAGAAGCUAUCGUCGCACUUCGUCUCGAUCCGAAAGCAAGUGCACGCCUCGGAACUCGAAGCCAACGCGCGAUCCAGCAUCCCCAUCACCGUGCGCCAGCUCGAAGCCAUCGUCCGCAUCACCGAGGCGCUCGCCAAGCUCACACUCUCGCCCGUCGCCAUGGAGCAGCACGUCGACGAGGCGAUCCGCCUCUUCCUCUGCUCGACCAUGGACGCCGUCACCCAGGGCACCACGAACCAGGGCUCGCGCGAGCUCAACGAGGAAGUCGCGCGCGUGGAGCAGGAGCUAAGGAGACGGCUGCCGAUCGGCUGGAGCACGAGCUUGGCCACGCUAAGGCGCGAGAUGGUCGAGGGCAAGGGGUUUAGCGAGCAGAGCCUGAAUAGGGCGUUGAUGAUACUGCAGAGACGGGAUACUAUUAUGUUCCGUAAUCAAGGCGCGCAGGUUUAUCGGAAUGGUGCUUAGGGUUGUCCUUAAGAAAUAGAGAGGGGAAGGUUGUGGAAUGUGGUUCAUGACAGGGACUGCUUGCUUGCUUGGUUCGGAGUUCGGGUUUAUGCUGUCUUGUCAUUUACGCAAUGUGGUGUUAUGCAGGGUGCCUACCUACCUACUUAGGCGCAAACAUUGAUGGUCAUGACGAUUCCGAGAUGUCACCUAAUCUACCUAGAUGAAGAGGAAUGGUAGUAAUCACGAUGAUGAAUAUGAACGCAAAA